CGGCGUAUUGACUUGGUUGUGGCCUUUUUGCGGUCCGGCCUUUUCCAGCCUUUGGAAACAAAGACAAGUUGAUGGAGAAAUGGACUCAAAUUACGGCCUUUGUCUCGAAGAAAGGUGUUUUAGGGCGUACUCACACUAGCUCUCUAUAUCUUAAAUGCAUCCGACCGCAUUUACGGCCUGUGCUGGAUGAUUGUGACCCAUAUUACGUCCAAAAAUAAAGAAAAAACGUCCUAGUAGGUGUGUGGUCCACGCCGCCUCCGUGGCUAUGGAGGAGGUUUGUCUAGAGAAACAAGAGGGGGAAGGAGACGCAUUUCGUUUUUGUGCCGCGGAGCUAAGUCAGACCGAUGGGGAUCGGGAUCGGGAUGGUGAUGCUCGUGAAUCGAUCGGCGCCGCCCCUUCUGCGGCGGAGGCGGUGGCGGUCGGUGUUCCGGCGGACGAUCUGCUGUCUUUCGCGGAAACGAUGAUUUCUUGCCCCGAGGAGGAUGGCGAUUUGCUGUCUAUGGGUUUUGCGGAUGGGUUCAGCGAGCCGCCGGCGGCGGCGGCGGCGGCGGCGGAAGUUGUUGCCUCUACUGUCGAUAUUUCGCGGCAGUUUGAGUUGAUGGAGAAAGGCGAGGGAGACGAAGGCGACGACCUGUGGGGAAUAAUGGAAGCUGUGGAUAUGUCUCCAGAAGGCGAUGCCUAUGGCAUGGACGAUGAGUGGCUGUGUCUCCUCGCCGACUCUGCUAGCGCGGGUGUGGAAGAUGAGCAGCGAUCGUCCCUGGUUCCACUUACAAACCCACUGGAUUCCGGGACGGAAGAUAAGCCGAUGGACAUAGAGGGAGAGGGAGGGGAUCUUCGUAGCGAGGGUUUCGUCGGCAGUCAUCUGGUCAACAACGCUUCUCUUCUUACUGCUGCUUCUGGGUCCUCCCUGUGCUCAUCCCUUCCCUCUCGGGACUCCUGUUUGGGGAUUUGCAUCCCAGUCGAUCCCGCGCCAUCACGCGUUAUUGAUGGGGAUGUGCUGUAUGAUGGCAGCGGGGCGCGGACGGUCUCGCCGGCCGGGAUCGCACCACAACCAGUGCGCGUUGUCGGCGGAGGGGGGGACGCUGCUCCUCUGAACCCCCCGCCAGAUGUAUCUUCUGCUCCUGUUAAAUUCCCCCCCUCCCCCUCACUUGUUCCGCAUGCAACAGUCGAUGGACUGCGGUUUGACGGAGAUCCCAAGGGGGCAACAGCAACGGCGGCGGGGAAAGGCGGAACCUCCGCCGUGCGCUCGUCCACCGCCGAGGCGCAGAACUGCAAGCUUUCGACCGAUAGCGCCGAGGCGCGGAACUGCAAGAUUUUGACCGAUUGCGUGGAAAGGCCGGUCCCGGUCAUCUCACCGCCAGAGCAACCGUUAUAUGGAUCCGAUUCGAGCAGUCGGCACGAAAGGGAUUGCUCGGAGGCGGAGGAGAAUGCGUUGUCGGGAAGAGCAGAGUCGCCCAGGGAGUGCAGUCAGAUAGCGCGCAAGACGAAUGCUGAUGAUGCGUUAGUGGACGAGAGGAUGGGCGAUGCGGCUGCGGCUGAUGGGAGCAAGAACAGUAGUCUGGAGGCUGUCCAUCUCGUGGCAUCCGAUAAAUCGGCACCAGAUCCGCGAAGCAGUGGGUCAGAUUUCCUCAGUACAGCUGCGCUGGCUUCCGAUUUGACUUGCGCACAAUCGUCUAUGGAGACAGCAGCGCAAUCGUCUAUGGUGAUUGCGACUUCAAGACACCUCCUUGCGCCGUCUGAUGGCGGGACUUCCCAAUCGCCUGCCGUGGAGCAAGGAAGGGUGGCUGCAUUCCAGGGGGGGCUCGGAGCACACUCUUUCUCUCCGUGUAUGUUGCCUGACUCCGCGGCUGCUGCCCCUCGCUGGUCGAUGACAAGGGCAGCGGCAGCUUGUACAGGGGAGUUGGUUGACACCGCGUCGCCGCGUUCAGGGAGAAGCGUGGCUUGCGCCCUUCCGCCGGCUGCGGGGGCUUCACCGCAGUCGCCUCCCGCCCAAGACACUUCCGGAAAGGACGCAAUGGUGAGGCGGGGGGAUGGUGCAGCGGGCGGCGGCGAGAAGACCACCGCACAGGGCUUGCCAGGUAAAUUCCCCCCCUCGGAGACUUCGGCGGCGGGGUCCGGCGAUGGGUUCGUCAAUGACACUAGGAUCCGUGCGCCUCUUGCGACCAAAGCCACCUCAGCGAAGUCGGGCCGUGGUGGAGGUGCGCAGGGCGCAGGUUAUGGGAUGGCCAAGCGUAGCAACGAUUUGUCGGCCGCCGCAGCGGGUGGAGGAGAGCGUCGCACCAGCCCCGCCUCUAGUGAGAGAAAUGCUAGCAGUCCAGAAACAUGUCGGAGCGGAGGAGGGAGUGCGGUCGGCGCAACCUCUUCUUUGUGCUCUAGGGAUUCUGGCGCCGGUGACGAUUCGGGAAACGACGAGCAGCAGUUUAGCGCCCACGGGGAUGAGCGCCACGCCGGACCUUGGCAAGAGAGAGAAUGCAGCAGAGGUAUUGGUCUCGACAGAGAUCAGCAGCAGCUGGAGCAACAGCAGCAGCAGCAGCAGGAGCAACAGCAACAACAGCACCAGCAACAGCGAGAAGAUCGUCGAUCCUCGUCUUCCUCGUCGACCUCGGUAUUGAAUCCGUCUUCUCCGGAAGGAGGAGAGGGAGUAGGGCAAGGUGAAAUAGCGACAGCUAUGGUGGACUAUAAUGACGGCGGUGGUGGUGGGGAGAACAGCGAUGAAGGUGUUAAGAGUGCGAACGGCGAGGCUGACAAGAAGCAAGCGCGGCUCUUGCGCAAUCGCGAGAGUGCUCAACUAUCGCGUCAGCGGAAAAAAGUCUACGUCGAUGAUCUGGAGAAUCGCCUGCGUACUAUGGCGGCAACGAUCGCCGAGCUGAACGCUACCAUAGCUCACCUGACCGCAGAUAACGUCGCCUUGAGGAGGCAGUUAGGUUACUUCUAUCCUGCCCCCCCGGGAGGUGGCGCCCCGCCGGCGGGGAUAGCAGCAGCAGGCGGACCGAUCAUCGCUGGCGGAGGGGUGGGUAGCAUGUGCGGAGCUGCCCAAGUAGCGCACAUGUACGGCGGAAGCGGAGCGCCAAUGAUGUUGCCAAGGCAUCCAGGGGUCAUGCCCCCUCUAGGAGUUGCGUCGAUGUUUGGCCAUGGAGGGCAAGCUCCGCCUAUACCCAUACCCCGAUGGCCGUCACACAGGGCGGCGGCGGCGGCUUCCGCAGCCGCGACCGGGAGUAAGAAACAGAAAGGAAAGCGAUCGGCUAGCCGUGAGGCAGAGAAGGAAGCGUCGACUUCGGCCUCUGCUGCUACGGCGACGGCUGCAGCUCCUACUUCUGAUAGAGAGAAAAAGCGCACCAAACGCGAUAGCAGGGCUGUCCUCACGCUCUCACUCUUUUGCUUCGUCCUUGUGUUCGUUCCAUUCGGCGGGCUAUGGGAUUGGUCACCGUUGUCCCCUUUUGCGGCCCUCCCGGAGAGCCGGGGGGGCACAUAUAUACCCCCAGGAGGAAGAGGAGGAGGAGGAGUUGGCGUCGGUAGUGAGCACGAUGGCGGGCGGAUUUUGGUAGACUCGGGGGGCGGGGGGGGUGGAAGACCCCCAGGUGGAAGGGUGUUGAUGGGCCUGGGGGAGGAAAGUGGUCCCGGAGACCCACCAGGUGACAGGAGGGAAGAGGGGGAGGGAAGGCAGGACGAAGGCGGCGAGAUGUGGCGGCGUGGCAACGCGACCAUCUUGCAGCCUCCUGUUCCUCUGGAGCGGGCGAUGUUCUUGUCUGGCGGCCACUCGCCAACCGUGAAGCCCUCCUCGUCCUCGGCGAGGGAUGCAGCAGAGAAAGAGAGCCUCCUGAUUUUGAACAGAACCGUCAUCGGGCGCAACACGGAGAUCGUGCCGGCGUCGUUGAUUGUGCCAAGAGGUCAUGAGAUCGUAAGGGUGUAUGGAAACCUGAUUAUUCAGUCUGUAAUGGCGGGCGACAAAGCUGCCUGGGGUCAUCGGGAAGGGAAUGGGGAGGCAAAAGGGGGGGGAGGAAGAGAGGGAGGCGGAAUGCCAGGCAAUGCGAUGUCGGACACAGACCGGCACCAACUCAAGGCGAUGGCGUCUUUGUCUAUCAAUGGGGGGGGGGACGGUGGUGCCGUGGCCAUGAAUUAUCCCACCAGCGGGAAUGCCCUUCCGGCGUCGGCCUCAGAGCGGUCUGGCCAAGGACAAUCAUCCGCGGGGGGACGACCGGUCGCACCUGGGCAAUUGGGAUCGUCGUCGGGGUCGGGAUUGAAAGGUGGGGAGGAGAGAAGGGGCCAAGCCUCUUCUCGCCGCCACCACCAUCAUCUCGACCACUACCCCUCCCAUCAUCACCAUUACGAAAACACUUGGAUUUUUGGGCCGGGGGGUCUCAGUGGGCCCGUGCUGACCUCAGGGGUUUGCACAGAGCUUUUCCAGUUUGAAACCUCGUCUUCGAGUAUAGUACCAGACGUUGUGGUUGGGACCUCGACGGAGGAGGAGGAGGCGGGGCAAGGUGGCGCUGGUGCCGGCGGAAGUGGAACGAUAUCGUGGAAGAAGGCCAUGGAAGGCCGUGUGGCGGCGAUGGCGGCGACGGAAGCAGCACGCCGAGCGGCUGCAGUCGGAUCUGGUGGAAGUGUGCGAAUGCCAACGACGGGCACGAUAGAGAAGGCGGAGGCUGGAAAUGGUGAUGAUUUGAAUUUGACAGAGGCGAUGGGGCAAACACAGGGGAAGCACGGUUACUAUGACUACGGAAGGAAGGGGGGUAGGUGCGUGAAGGACAAGCGCGUUAAGCCUCUUCCUUCAGCCUCAGCGGGAGUAAACGCUACGGCUGUUGCUAUGGAGAAGGUAGCAAACGGCGGAAGGCGGGCUAACGGAUCGCAGUAUGAGGAUCGGUGUACACGGGAGGAUGCGUUGGCAGAUGUGAGAGUGGGUGCGCGGAGUAGGGGAGGCGGAGAGGUAGGUGUAAAUGGGAGUGACAGGCGGUCAAUGGAAGGCGAAGAAGAUCCGACAGGGAGAAGCUUUGGCUAUGGCGGUAGCAGGACUGAUAAAUCGCUCCCAAGCACGAUGGUCGUGUCGGUGCUACUGCCGUCUAUGCAGCCCGGCGAGGACUCCGCCGCGGGUGGAGGACGAGGAGGAGGAGGGUCAUCCACGGGGAAGAAUGGAGGGUCGGGGUCAGGUCCGGGAAAGCUGACACAGAUCUUCGUUGUUGUGCUGGUAAAUAGCGUCAAGUACGUUACCUACUCGUGUUUGCUGCCGACUUUGUCCGCCACGGCUGCGGCAAUGGCAGGGCCCACGGCGGCGGCGGGAGCAGCAGCAGCAGCAGCAGCAGGAGCAGGCGUCCUGUGAGGAGAGGGGGGGAGGCAAUCAGCCAGCUGUGCGAGAGAUGAGGUGCCAAGAUGGAUACAGGACGGUCUGGGAGAACGAGUUACUCCCUUGUUUCCUGACCAUGCACCCACCUCUCGCGCUUCUGCCUGCUUGCCUCUCUGUCUACGUCUGGCUCAUGGAUCCAUCAAUGGCGCGUGAAUGAAGGGGGUCAGCAUUCACCACCUUAUAGGUGUGUGCGCGUGGAUUGUCUCCGGUCGAGGGCAGGGACACAAGAAGGCAGGUGGUGCUUUGGGUCUUGAAGGACCCAUGGGCCCACUGGUCAACGUGGAGGGAGGUGAUAGGAGACACGAGGAAGGCUGAAGACGGUGGAUGCUAUGAUCAGCUAACAGAUUGCUUAUUAUUUUGAGGAGGAGAGUAUUAUAAGGGCCUGGUCUCAGAUUCGUGAUUCGAGGACCCCCGUUUGAGACCUACUGAAAUCUAGCUUCUCCCUAGAUUCAGGGGAACUCAAAAGGCACGAGUCAGGAAUGUGGAAUCAGGCCUUCAGUCGGAGUAGAUGGGUGUUAGGCGAAUAGUUGAUUCAGAUACUUUGUGGAUGGGCGACAAUGUGGAAACAGGUUUGGUUGCUCGAUCUCAGAGGCUUAUCUUUCCUGUUUACCAUCCAAUACCUCCCUGUAGAGAAAUGUGGAAACGAGUUCGUUUGACAAUUUGUUCUGUGGGUGGGUCAGUGGGUGGGUGGGUAGGUUAGGUGAAACAUUGUGCUGGUUCUUUAGAGUUCUCGUUUUGCUCACGUCUUGGUGUUCUCACCCUUUCCUGUCGCUCUAAUCUGCAGGGCGGCGGACCAUGUACAGACAGUUUUUGCUUCUGCGAUCGCUAUCUGCUCAUCAGUGGCCUUAAGUGCCACUCAUGUCCGGGUAACUACUGAGGUGGACGGGUGUGUGUUGCUUUGAAACGGCUUGAUGGUUGUAGUUCGUCUGCCUCCGGCACGACUCACCUUGUACUUUGCUAGAGUGCUGCACUGCUACUUGUAUAUUUAUGCUUAAGUUUCUGUACUCUGAUGUUCAUUUCACU